GGGGAAGAAUUCGCCGCUUCUCGCCACUUAAUUUUUAGAUUCGAAGUGGAAUUGUUGCGAAACAGUUAUAAUGCAUAAAGUUUGUUCUCGGCUGCACGCCCCGUCUGUGUUGGGGAAAACGGAUUCGUGGAAAUCACUGAACUUUUGUGUGGAAUUCCACAAACAAGUUGGUGUGCUAUGCCAAAAAUCAGCAGUGAAACACACACCACCUGCCCUGCCCCAGAUUCCCCUAUGUGACUAUAAACCUGAGCCAUAUCAGGGCAUGUCUAAAGAGCGUUUACUAGAGAUUAGGAAACACAACUGCAACCCCAUGACCAUGAAGGUAACAUAUUACAAGAAGCCAGUCUUCAUAAGCCAGGGUUUCAUGCAGUGGCUGUGGGAUGUGGAUGGAAGACGCUAUCUGGACUUGUUUGCGGGGGUGGCCACCGUCAGUGUAGGACAUUGUAACCCGAAAGUGACACAGGCAGCCGAGAAACAGUUAAGACGUCUAUGGCACACAACACCCAUCUACGUGUACCCACAAAUGCAGGAGUAUGCAGAGAAACUUGUAUCUCUUUUGCCAGACCCACUGAAGGUUGUGUAUUUUACCAACAGUGGCUCGGAGGCUAAUGACCUUGCAGUGCUAAUGGCCAGACUUCACACAGGAAAUUUUGACGUCAUCACUCUCAGGGGCUCUUAUCAUGGUGGCAGUCCACAAGCGACAGGUCUGACAUCCAACGCAGAUUACAAAUAUCCCAUCCCCUCUUCUCUGGGCUGCCAUAAUACCAUGUGUCCCGAUGUGUUCAGCGGCCUCUGGGGAGGAAGCCACUGUAGAGACUCUCCAGUUCAAACCAUCCGAGAAUGCAGCUGCUCCCCAGGUCACUGUCAGGCCAAUGAUAUGUAUAUCGGUCAGUUCAAAGAGAUGCUUGCUACAACUGUUCCCAAUCGUAUUGCUGCCUUCUUUGCAGAACCCAUCCAGGGUGUUGGUGGGGCUGUUCAGUUUCCAAAAAACUACCUGAAAGACUCCUACCAGCUUGUUCGGGAGAAAGGAGGAAUCUGUAUAGCGGAUGAGGUCCAGACUGGCUUUGGCCGCACAGGGAGCCACUUUUGGGGUUUCCAAGGACAUAAUGUCAUUCCAGACAUGGUUACCAUGGCAAAGGGCAUUGCAAAUGGCUUCCCGAUGGGGGCUUUAGUCACCACAGCCGAGAUUGCCAGGUCAUUUGCCAAGGGAGUUCAUUUCAACACAUUCGGAGGAAACCCAUUAGCCUGUGCAGUCGCCUCAUCAGUGUUAGAUACAAUAAAAGAAGACAAGAUGCAGGAGAACAGUGCUGAUGUAGGGACAUACCUACUGACCGAACUGGCCAAGCUCCGGGACAAGUACAAUAUUAUCGGCGAUGUGAGGGGAAAAGGUCUUCAAAUCGGGGUGGAGAUGGUCAAAGACAAGGUCACCAGAAACCCGCUUCCACGAGAGGCAAUGGCUGAGAUCUUCGAAGACAUUAAAGACAUGGGCGUGCUGAUUGGAAAAGGAGGACUGUACGGACAGACUUUCAGGAUCAAGCCUCCUAUGUGCAUAACUAAAGACGACGCAGACUUCUUCCUCGCUGUAUUCAACCAGGCAGUGCUCAACUACCUGGAGAGAAGAUAAGACAUGCAGAGCAUGAAGAAGACACAUAACAUUGGCUCACAUUUUAUAUGGAAAAUUGCAACUAACACAUUCUUCACACCUUCCUUAAAGUAUGCAUCAAGAACAAUUGUUAUCAGUAGCUGAAUUGAGUACACUAUACUUCAGAGAUGUAGCACUUUCAAUAAGUACUUAUAAGCACUUGACUGACCACCUAAAACCAGAUAUGUUAAGAAGUUUCAAAAACUGGGACCAGUUCUACUCCCAGUUCUAUCUUUUUGGAGACAUGGAGAAAAACAUGAAUAAUUCUAGUCAUCUUACCUUCACGUAAUACAGUAUUUUAACAAUUAAUUGGUUCAUUAAAAUUUUUUAAUUAUAUAUUUGACACUAUUGUCAUCUUAACAUUAUUUUCUAACAAUACACCAUGAUAUACCCGGUAUAACAGGAUUGUAUUAUUUUACAGGUACAGAUACAUCUUACUAAGUGUCAAACAAACUCAUAAUCUGGUACAAACUACCUUUUCAAUAAGGGAAUUGUUUUCAGGGCUGAAAAAAAAAAGAUGAUUUCUUGCAAUGCUAAAUAACGACUAUACACAUUUGUAGACUUUUACAUAUACAUCAACCGCAGGGUCUUGUCUAAAACCACACUGUUAUAAAUACAUAAAACAUGUUAGGAGCUUUUUGAGGGGAUUAAAUUCAAACCUGACCCAGUUCAAGUGACAUUCAUAGCUUAUACCAUUAAGGCACGCAAGGUCAUAAAUAAAUCUGCUGCCUCUUAAAACGUUAUAUGAAGAGAAGGAGAUUUCUGUCCUGCAAAGACAGCAACUGUUUAUUAAAUAAGCAUCCGUUGUUUUGUUUUUUUCUAGUACUUUUUGAGAUCCUUUCGUGGAAAUCCACUGGUAUUGUUUUGCAUAACACCAAGCCUUUAUAUAUUGCAGCUGACCUGUUACACACAUAGUACAUUAAACAUAUUUGAAUGUUUAGCCUUUACCUCUUUAUGAUCUUAAACCCAAUGGUCUUAUUACCAAUAAUAACACUGUUGAGAGAUUUUGCGGUUCAUAGCUUAUUUUUCCAAACAGAAACAUUUCCAAUAAAAUGAAA